AUGGAUGCAUGCUUAAAUGAGCUACGACUUAAACGGCCCCACCAAAACCUCCAACCAAGAUCAGAAGUUAUACAACAACAAAAACAUAUACAAGCACCCAAACCACUGCAGCGACUUAAAAUGCUCCAGAAACCAAAACCCUCAUCAUCGGCAUUCUACCUGGAGGAUAAAGAACAACAUCAACAACCUCUAAAACCACAGCCACGACUUAAACUGUCCCAGCAACAACCAGCCAAGCAACAGGCUUUUGAAUUGCAACCACAACCACCGCCACAAACUGAUCAGGUUAAAAUACAACAAAAUAGGCCUAACGUAAGACCACAAAACAAAAAUGGAGCUGAAGAGUUCGUCUAG